AGAGAAUGACAGUUAUUUCCACAGCUGAAUGCAGUGGGUCAGUGGUGCUUUCUGGUGGGAGGCUAGACAGAGGGGAGUAACAGUGCGAGGAAAGCCCAUCGGGGAAGCUUGCACAGGACUGCUGUAGCCGAGGAGGAGGGCAGACAUGGACGCCCUAGCACUAGAGGCCGCCGGCCCCAAAAAAGCAGCCAACAGCGCGGCGACGGGCCCCACGGCACCUGUCAAGCGUAAGCCUGUGAAGAAACCUAAGAAAGCUGUUGUUUUCUUUGAGGUGGAGAUACUGGACGCCAAGACCAAGGGGAAGCUCUGCUUCCUGGACAAGGUUGAGCCAAAUGCCACCAUCGGGGAGAUUAAGUCCAUGUUCCACAAGAGCCAUCCAAAGUGGUACCCCACCAGGCAGUCCAUCCGCCUCGACGCCAAGGGGAAAUCUCUGAAGGAUGAGGAUGUUCUUCAGCAUCUCCCUGUGGGAACGACUGCAACCCUCUACUUCAGGGAUCUCGGAGCUCAGAUCAGCUGGGUCACAGUGUUCCUCACGGAGUACGCCGGCCCGCUGCUCCUCUAUCUGAUGUUUUAUUUCCGGGUUCCCUUCAUCUAUGCACCCAAAUAUGACUUCACCACCAGUAAACACUGGGUCGUACACCUUGCCUGCAUGUGUCACUCGUUCCACUACAUGAAGAGGCUGCUGGAGACGCUGUUCGUCCACCGCUUCUCUCACGGCACCAUGCCACUGCGCAACAUCUUUAAGAACUGCACCUACUACUGGGGCUUCGCUGCCUGGAUGGCGUAUUAUAUAAACCACCCUCUGUACACACCACCCAUAUACGGCGAGCAGCAAAUCCGGCUAGCCCUCGUCAUGUUCCUGUUCUGUCAGAUCGGUAAUUUCUCCAUCCACAUCGCUCUCCGGAACCUCCGCCCCCCAGGCUCCAAAACCAGGAAGAUUCCUUACCCGACGAAGAACCCCUUCACAUGGAUCUUCCUCCUCGUAUCCUGCCCCAACUACACCUAUGAGCUUGGCUCAUGGCUGGGCUUCACGUUGAUGACCCAGUGUCUGCCGGUGGCCUUCUUCACCGUGGUUGGCUUCUUCCAGAUGACUGUGUGGGCCAAAGGGAAGCACCGCAGCUACCUUAAAGAGUUCCGCGACUACCCACCUCUCCGCUCUCCCAUCCUGCCUUUCGUUCUGUAGAGCAUUACAGAGCUCUAGCAGUACAUUACAUUACCCCCCCCCCCCCCCCCAACCAAACCAUCUCCUCCCCCUUUUUAUAAAA